GGGUUCAGGAUUGUGAUUUGUAGGUAGUGAUUGCAACUGCUACAAUAUGUCGAAGCUUCUAUCUGGAAAAUUGGCAUUUGUUACCGGUGCUGGAAGUGGCAUUGGAAGAGAAAUAUGUCGAAUUUUCGCUAAAGAAGGUGCUCAAGUUAUUGCAACUGACCAGAACAUCAAAAGUGCUGCAGAAACUGUAGCUACUUUAGAAAAUGUUGGACAUAUUGCAUUAAAUGUUGAAGUUUCUGAUCGAAAAAGUGUGGAGACAGCAUUUCAAGAUGUCUUAAAACAAUUUUUAAAACCACCCACUAUCAUCGUUAAUUCAGCAGGCAUUACGCGAGAUAACUUUUUAGUGAAACUCAGCGACAAUAAUUUUGACAACGUAAUUAAGGUCAAUUUGAAGGGUACCUUUCUUAUUAUGCAAACUGCUGUCAGAGCAAUGAUAGAGGCAAAUGCAACAAAAAAUUCCUCGAUUAUUAAUAUUAGUUCGAUUGCUGGUAAACAUGGAAACAUUGGGCAAAGUAAUUAUAGUGCGUCAAAAGCUGGAGUAGUAGCUAUGACAAAGAGCGCUUCUAUGGAAUUUGGAGAAUUUGGUAUUCGAGUAAACGCAGUAGCACCUGGUUUUAUAGAUACUCCUAUAACUGUAACUGUACCUGAUAAAAUUAAAGAAGUUUUUAUUAAAAAAGUACCAUUACGAAGAAUUGGGAAGCCACAAGAAGUGGCAGAGGUUGUUGCAUUUUUGGCUUCUGAUAAAAGUUCUUACAUAAAUGGAACAUGCAUCGAAGUUACUGGUGGAGGAUAUUAAAUUUCAUGAUUCAAUAUAUUAUUGGCAAUAUGAAUUCGGAUUGCUCACCUAAUCGCUCACGGUAUUUACAAAGUGCGCAUAAUAAAAAAAAAUAAAUUAAAUUAAAUGACAUUUAAUAGUAUUAUUUAAAAAUAAUGGGAAAGUAAUGUAAAAUGCUAACAUUGCACAUCAACAGGUCUGAAUAAGGACAUAUAACUGUCUCAGGAUAAAUAAUUGUAUAGUAUCGUUUAGCUGAUUAAUUUUACAAAAGUAUCUCCUUUUUUGACAAUUUUAUACUGAUAUCAACAUAGCAGAAUAUAAAUUUUUCAUAAUUAAGAUGUGAUACACGCACUUAUUAAACAUAUGCACAUUUUGAUACAUAUAAUUUGUACAAAAAUAUACAAUAGAUAUAAGUCCAGUAUGUUGAAAAAGAAACAUGUAAAAAAGGUCUGAUAAACAAAAAGGAAAAGUUAAGAUGAUCGAUAUUUUCUCUCGAUAGCCAUCCAUAAUUUAUCGCAAUUAUUUUUAAAACUAUUUUUAAAAUCAUUCCAUUGAAAAAAAA